AUGCAAUCAAUGUCCCGUGAUAUUCAACCUUGGGGCUACAGAAAUCCGACGAAUCGACUGACAGAGCGUGAAAGUGGCUUUUUGGCCGGAGUCUGUCUUUUUGGCCUGAGCUGUGUUCUCUUUGCUCUCGAAUGUACAGUAUUGAACUUGUACAAAAACCAGCCGAUGCCACGAUACUACAUGCCGCUUGGAUUCGUCACUGCCUUUCUAGCGAUGGCCGGAGCAAUCGUCAAAAUCUCCAACUCAAAUAAAUCGCCGCUGAUUUCCAAGAAAAACGAAAUCAUUCUCGCCUUGAUAACAGUUCUCAAUUCCACCUCGCUCGUUUGCAUGAAUUCUUACAUUCUCUUAUCUGAAGAGGAGCAAAACGAAGCAGCAGUUUACCUGACGAUGGAAAUGAUCAUUGCCGGCUCCCUGGUCAUGCUGAUUCUCCCGUUUUUCUGCACCGAGCAUCAACCUGAAUACAGCCGAGCUCAAGCCGCAGCAGAAAAUCAAAUAGAAAACUCAACUGAUCGACGAUCAGAAAAUAUUGUCAUUGACGACUGUCCGCCAAAAUAUGAUGAUUUGUUCCCCCAGCGCCCUUGA